UAUCGCGGUGACGGACGUGUCUAUCGUCUGAACAUUCAUCCCAAGACUUGGUGGGACGUCUUCUGGUUUGACUUUCACCAAUUCCCUCUCUACACUCGAGGCGGUCCCUACUGGACCAUCGCCAAGAUUCCCAUCUCGCGCUUCUACGCAGCCAACAAGGGCCAUGUCGUUGAUCGUCAGCACCGCCUGCCUCUCACUAAGGUGCGCAUGAUCUCGUUUACUCUGAUGGACGGCGUCCCAGGCCCCUUCUCCCUCGAGAUUGACUAUAUUGGCCUCUAUUACGACAGGUUCCAUAGUGAGGCCUUCGCCUAUGAGCAGUACGAUAGCCCUGCUAUUCUUAAAUAG